CUAAUCAGGAUGGAAGCGGGGGAGAGGGAUGUAUGAGGGUCCUGCCCUGCCCGGGUGGGGGGGGGAUCUCCUCUAUCCUCGGGACCCGAAACGGGAGGGUUUUAUUCAUCUGAAACCGGGCCCCUAAGGCUCGGGCGCUGCCGGAGGCGUUGGGAUGGUCCUGGCCGUACCCUAUUGAAGAGACGGAUGACGGAGAGGGAUAAGAGAAGCAUCCGAGGUCCCGUUUUCUCUCUCCCGAGAGUCGGUGCAAUUAAAAAUGAACCCCAGCUUUGGUAGAUAGCGGCAUUGAUUGCUUCUCCCUCGCCGCCCCCUCCACAAAAAAAAAAAAUAACAACAAUAACAAAAAAAAAAAAGGAAAGGAGCGGAGAUCUGCUCGGCGGCGGGACCUCCGGCGGCGGUGGAUGCGUUUCCCGGGAGCCCUGGGGGAACAGGUGCAAAGUCCAUUUGGAAAAGCCGGACGGUCCCGUUGGCGGGGUCUGUCGGGGGCCCAUGGAGAGCGAGCGGGACAUGUACCGACAGUUUCAGGACUGGUGCCUCCGGACUUACGGGGACUCGGGAAAGACCAAGACGGUGACCCGUAAGAAAUACGACCGGAUCGUCCAGCUCUUGAACGGCUCCGAGUCGAGCUCCACGGAUAAUGCCAAAUUUAAAUUCUGGGUCAAAUCCAAAGGGUUUCAGCUCGGCGGCUCGGAGGAGGUCAAUGGUGGAGGUGGAGGGAAACAAGUCCUCUACGUGCCAGUCAAAACCACGGAUGGAGUAGGUGUAGAUGAGAAGCUGUCUUUAAGGCGGGUAGCUGUGGUCGAAGAUUUCUUUGACAUUAUCUAUUCCAUGCAUGUGGAAACAGGACCAAAUGGAGAACAGAUCCGAAAACAUGCUGGACAAAAGAGAACUUACAAAGCAAUUUCAGAGAGCUACGCCUUCCUACCGAGAGAAGCGGUGACACGAUUUUUAAUGAGCUGCUCAGAGUGCCAGAAAAGAAUGCAUUUAAACCCAGAUGGAGCAGAUCAUAAAGAUAAUGGAAAGCCCCCUACCUUGGUAACCAGCAUGAUUGAUUACAAUAUGCCAAUUACUAUGGCCUACAUGAAGCACAUGAAGCUCCAGCUCCUAAACUCGCAGCAAGAUGAGGAUGAAAGUUCCAUCGAAAGCGAUGAGUUUGAUAUGAGUGAUUCUACCAGGAUGUCAGCCGUUAAUUCUGACCUCAGUUCCAACCUUGAAGAAAGAAUGCAAAGUCCUCAGACACUUCAUGGCCAGCAGGAUGAUGAUUCUGCUGCAGAGAGCUUUAAUGGCAAUGAGACGGUGGGACAUAGUUCCAGUGCUUCUGGGGGAAUACACUGCAGGGAGAUGGCCGACUCCAACAGUAACGGCAAAACAAAUCUAGAGCAGGAUGAGCAACCUCUGAACUUGAGCGAUAGCCCCUUCUCUGCUCAGCUGACCUCAGAAUACAGAAUAGAAGAUCACAGCAGUAAUGGAAAAAGCAAAUAUAAGAACCUUCUAAUUUCUGACCUCAAAAUGGAACGAGAAGCAAGAGAGAAUGGAAGCAAGUCCCCUGCACAUAGCUCUUCGAGCUAUGACUCUGGAAAGAAUGAGGGUGCGGAUAGAGGGGCUGAGGAUCUGUCACUGACACGAGGGGAUGAGGAUGAGGAUGACCACGAUGAGCCCGAAGAUGCCGAGAAGGUGAAUGAGACCGAUGGGGUAGAAGCUGAGAGGCUGAAAGCUUUUAAUAUGUUUGUCAGGCUGUUUGUAGAUGAAAACUUGGACCGAAUGGUCCCAAUCUCUAAGCAGCCCAAAGAAAAGAUCCAGGCUAUCAUUGACUCAUGCAGGCGACAGUUCCCUGAGUAUCAAGAACGUGCCAGAAAGCGUAUACGUACUUACCUCAAGUCCUGCAGGCGGAUGAAAAGAAGUGGUUUUGAGAUGUCUCGACCGAUUCCUUCUCACCUUACUUCAGCAGUUGCAGAGAGUAUUUUGGCGUCAGCCUGUGAGAGUGAGAGCAGGAAUGCAGCGAAGAGGAUGCGACUGGAUAGGCAGCAGGAGGAGUCUGCUCCAGCUGACAAACAGUACAAACAAGAGACGGCACAGGCUACCUAUUCAACGUCAACCGUUUCUAGCACCCAGGAGGUGUUGUACAUCAAUGGAAAUGGAACCUACAGUUACCAUAGUUACCGAGGGCUGGGUGGAGGACUGCUAAAUCUGAGUGAUGCUUCUAGUAGUGGGCCCACUGACCUGAGCAUGAAGAGGCAGUUAGCCCCCAGCUCCGGGGCAGCCAGCAGCACCAGCUCCAGGCCCCAGCUCAGCCCCACCGAGAUCAACGCCGUGCGCCAGCUGGUGGCCGGCUACCGAGAAUCGGCCGCCUUCUUACUGCGUUCCGCAGACGAACUCGAAAACCUCAUUCUGCAGCAGAACUGAGUCGCGAGACCCUGACGGUGACGCUCUCCCGGUCUCAUCUCGGAGUUUCCACUCACGCCAUCUUUAUUUCCCAGGGCAGACACUUCAGGUUGCCGCACCGUCUCUUAGGAGAGUUACCGGAUCACCACAACGCCACACCGUUCUCAAUCCAUAAAGUGAUGUGUUCAGGUGCUUCAAGCGAACUCUGACCUCCGAUAAUUCCGAGGUCCUUUAACGUGUCCAGCAUAUUGCUUUUCGUUCAACGUGGCAGCGUAAAUAUCAAAAAGUGGCUGUAGAUCAACUCGUCCUGACAAGUGGCAGAAACAAGAAGGUACUGUAAAACACAACUGGUUCAAGAUCCAAGUGCAAUAUCAGUGGACUCUGCUCCCGACUCACUGGACCGAAAGCUGCAGUAUAGGGCAAGCCGUUGCCUGAUUUCCUGUUACUACAGGAUACAUCAACAAUGAAAAGGAUCUUGUAUUUUAAAAAAAAAAAAAAGUAAUUUUUAUAAAGAAAGACGAACUUUUUUUUCAUUCAAAAUGGUUCAUUUUUACUUUGGAAACUUUUUCACUGGUCCUGAAAAAAAAACUGUUUUGAGAAGCUAUUACAAGUCCCCCUGCCCCACUCCUCUCUCCUGCUCUUGUCUCCAAAUUUCUUUCUACAAAAAUAACACUCGAUGCUGGAAAACCCUCUCACAUGUUUCUGAAAAUCGUCACGUCGGGAACUACUUCCGAAAGAAGGCUGCAUCUCCUGCACUCGAGCCCCUCUCAAAGCCACCCCAUUCAGCCUUGCAGCUUCAGUGCCGAUAUCAUAAUCCAGUGGUAUUUUUCAUUUUUAAAAUGACCUAUCCUUACACUCCUUCACACCUUGGUUCCUUCUAGCUGCUCACCUCACGAUUGCUGCUGCCGUUUCGUUCAAGUCCCUCUGGUAGCGAUCGGACGUAGAUGACUGAAUGUCAGGAGGUUGCAAGUGACAAUCUGAAAAUUUGCACUCUUUGUGUGUAGUUUACUGUUCGGUUUUCUUUGUCUUCAGAAAAGAUGGUUUCCUCGCCCCAGUUGGAGAUGGAGAAUGCAUAGGCUUAGUUCAGAACGGUGGAAAAAGAAAACAGAAAACGGGGCAGUCGACGCAGCUUCAACUGACACUGAACUCUCACCUCUCAUCCUUCCCACCCCCUUCUGUCCCUCUUUCUUACUUUCUAUUGUUGGCUCCACAUAAAUGGUGUUUUCUUUGUGCACUAAGGCAAGGCUAUUUUUAAGUAUCUAGAGAGAAGUACCUUAGUUUGUGCUUCCUGUACUAUCUGUUCCGUUGUUUAGCUUUUGUUGGAUAACAGAGUUCCUUGUGCAUUCCUGCAUUUGCCUUAUUUCAUGGAAUUCAGUUUUUGACAAUGAGUUUAAGGCAUCGAUGCUAUUUUAUAUCUACUUGUUACAUAUAGUUUUUCAAGUAAUGACUGUGAUCGUGACCAAGUAAUGUGCACUUUUUCUUGUAACUGUGGACAUUGCUCUGCUUUUUUUCUCUAGUGUUUCUAGAUUUCCUGUUGCUUACAGUUCUGUAAAAACUGGAAAAAGAACUUUUGUGAUACUGUUGGUGAAUAUAAAUGUGAUAAACCUAUUGAAAUAUGAAUAUUUUGGAGAUACGGAGAUACACACACAUCUCUAAACUGUGGGCACAAGGCUCACAGAUGGAAAUAAUUCAAAAAAAAAAUUGAGGGCUGGUAUCAUUUCCUCUGUUUUGUUUGGUUAAAUAAACAGAUUUCUGUGUUCACACUCUU